CGCCGCCGCCGCCGCCUCGGAAGCGGGCCGUCCAUGACGCUUUCCUGCCCGGCUGCCCUCUCCGUCCCAUUUCCGUCCUCCGCAAGCUCCGCGCAGCAACGGGGCCCCGCUGGCCCGGCUCGGCUCGGCCCGGCCCGCCCGCGGCUUCCUUCCAGGCUGCAGCGCUGCGAAGGUGCACAGAUGUUUGCCAUGUGCCAGCCGGAGUUGCCACUCAACCCUCUGUUCAGUGAGGUGAAGGGAAACUUGCAGCUAGACAUGACUUGCCUUGGUGGAAUGGACUGUCAACCAGACAACAACCUCAACUUCAUGGGUGAAGAGCCCUAUGACAGCAAUGAAAAUUGGAGCCAAUCCAUGCAGGGGAAACUAGAGCAGGGGGGCGACAAUGCAGGCAAGGCAUCCGAUCACCAAAUGGUUGUCUUACACAAUCUGAAAGAAAAACGCGGACAUCAGGGUGUCCCCCAGGGUCUGAAAUCUGACAGCAUGUUCCUUGCCUCUGAAGAGGAGGAGGAAGAGGAAGAGGAGGAGGAAGAGGAGGAGGAGGAGGAAGGAGAGAAGGAGGAAGGGGAGGAGGAGGAAGGGGAGGACAUCCGCAGACCUCCAGAGGGUGCUGAAGUCAGUGGUGUGGAGCACGAAAAUGCUUCCAGCGAGGCAGGGAUAAAAGAAGGUAGGAAGCCGGCCAGCUCCCCACUAGAAGACAAUGGUUAUGCCAGCAGUUCACUAAGCAUCGAUAGUCCUGACAGUGGAGGCACCAGUGCUUGGGACACGCCCACAGCUGCACCUGAAGACUGGAAGGGUCCCCUGGAACCACAGUCCCUGGGUGCUGAGCCUGAAAGCCCUUCUGGUUCUGAGACCCUCUUCCCAGCUUUGGCUGAGGCUUUCCAGAACCUCCAGGAAAAGAAGGCAUUCAAAGAGUGGGAGAAACAGAAGCACCAUGUCCACCUGGUGAUGUACCGCCGCCUGGCUUUGCUCCGCUGGAUCCGCAGCCUCCAGCAGAAGGUGGUGGACCAGCAAAACCGGCUUCAGGAUAGCUUCGACACCAUCCUUGACAACCGCAAAGAACUCAUCCGGUGUGUCCAGCAGGGCAUGGCAUGCCCCAAGAAUGCAGCUCAGGGAGAAUUGUGAAGAUCAUGCCUCUCCCCCAGAUUUUUGGUGGGUCCUGCAGUCCUUCGCUUGGCCGCCUGAGUGCCCUACAGAUUUUCCUAUCUGCCUGUAUCCUGCAUGGGCAGCUUGCUUUUUUAAUGUUUGGUGUUCUUUCUCCAGUAUACCAGAACAUCACCAGCCCAUUAAAUGUGAGCACCCCAAGCCUAGCAAGUAUUUAUGUGCAGAUGUGACUUUUCACCAUGAUUUACCCUUCUCAUUGUGGUGCAUGGCUUCUGCUGGUGAAUGUGAAUGCAGUGUGUAACAGAGCAGAGCAAGGAGCAUGUCAGACCCUGUGUCUCAUGGCCAUGGAGAGAGCACAGAACAAGCAUUGGCAAACAUACUUCGAUGCCAGUUGCUGGGCAGCAGGGGAAGCUCAAAUCAGGAACCCUCCGGCCUGCACCCUGUGCCACUGCUCCAAGGAAGGAAUGUGCCACUUAGCUCAAGCAAAGACAGAGAUCCUCUAGAACCAAAUCUUCGUGAUCCGAAGUGCAGCGUGAAGCGAGAAGGUCAUUGCCACACCACUGCCUGUGAGCCAGCUUCUAGAUCAGUGAUACUUUCAGGAUCUGGACAACUUAUUUGUUGAGGAACUCCAGGAGGCUGUUGUGCUGUGCUCCAAAUCGUGUUCCUGGCGUCUGGAGACUUUGCCUCCCGACACCCCCCGCCCCCCGCUGGUUCCUCGUCCUGUCCUGUUGGGUUCCCAACUCCAGGAGCUGUGUUGCCUUGGUUUCCUGUGGAGCCUCUCUGUCCCACUCCACCUCUUCUGUGUUCAUGUGUUUGCAGCUUCUUCAGCCAUCAGGAUCUGAUCCUGCUGGCACGGAGUAACCAAGGAGGGUCCAGAGCUGUUUAAAAUGAUCAAGAAACAGGUAGUUCUUGUGGUUCUUUCUCCAGUUUUCCAUUGUUUAGCCCAAAUAGGUUUAGCUUUUAGAGUACGUAUGAAUAAGGAUUAUGCACAUCUGAGAAAAAAACCAGACUUUCCAUGUAGUUGGAAUGCAACCUUAUUCUGACUUCUUUUAUUUAUUUUUUAACCAAAAACAGCCCUUAAGUGGAGGAGCAACAGAAAGGGAAGGGGCUGUGGAACCCUUUCCUCUCAUGCCGUUUUCCCUCUCAAAAUCACCCACGAGAGUGGGAGAGAUCCAGGCACCCCUCUUCCUUGUAGCUCUCAGUUCCUGCCCUACUCACUUAAUAUGCCCAUUUUAACAAGUGUGCCAUGUUGCAUCUCUCUCUGCACUUUACAUCUACUCUAAUCAAACUCAGUAAAAAAAAUCCCUACCUUUUCCAGAGAAGGUACAAUAAUCUCAGUAAAUGUAUAUAAAAAUUAUCCAAAAAAUCUCAUUCCAAUUGCAGAAUACUGGUUUUCUGAUUAUAAAGCAUAGCAACAGUAUUCUAUUUUUGGUUCUAAAACAUUCCUGUGUGGCAUUUGGGAGCAGGACUAAUAGAACCCUGGUGGCUUUAAGAUGGUAGAGCUAUUGCUCUGAAUGUCUUGCCUAACACUAUACCAAAAAUACUAUUAUAUAGUAUCAUGUUUUGAGGAGCUAUCCACCCAACUGCAGACGUGCAAAACAAUUGUAGUGAAGGAUCUACCAGUAGGGUGCCAUGCCCUGGUGGGUGAAUGGGGGCACGUCUUGUGGCCGAAUGCCCAUAAAGGCCGUGGGUUUGUGCCUCUCUCACGGGCUGCUUCUUGCCAAAGAAGCAGGCAUGCACCCAGCCUGUGUUUCUGUGUGUCAGAAACCAAAUGGCUUUUAGGAGAACAGCUUGGACAUGUCUUGUCUGCUUUAGAAGAAUGGCAAAGAUGCCUCCUCUUGCUGUCUAAAAUGCCUUUGCAAUGUGUGAAAAUCUUGGACAGCACAUGUCCCAUCUGGCCAAAAUGGUGUCAGUACAGCAAACUGGCUGAGGGUUUUUGGUUUGGCAUGCCGGGAAGUGGCUCCUUCCUGCUGGUCUUUCUGGACAUUUUCAGUACAGCUGCCCAAGGUGCCAAGGACGAGCCUGUCUUUUGACAUAAGGAGGUGCACAUGAAGUAGGCUGAGAGAGUGCUCAUUGGGGCCAAUACUGCCCAUGGGUGACUUACUCGGCCCUCGGCAAAUGGUGCGAGACGUGCCACGAAGUCAAGAGCACCCUCAGUUAAAGAGAAACAUCUCCUUUUUAAAAUGGCACCAAGCUGCACUCUCUUAUUUGGACAGGAAUUUCCACCCUUGAUGGCUUUGCAGCCCUGCAGAAUUUAGGGUCACACAUGUGCAUUCCCACCCCAUGUAGGAAGAGGCACUUCCUGUCCCCUUAUUACCCCCUCGGCUUACCUCCUCCCAAUAAAGUUUAAUGGUCAAGCUUCUUCUGUUGUGGUUCAUAUGCUAUGACCACAGGAAUCUCCAAACAGGAAGGAAUGCAGGAUUUGGGAGCAAACAGGAAGCAAAUGGGCAAAAGCACGGGGUGCAGAAACCCAGGACUUGAGAUUGCUGCAACCUGCUUCGCUAUGGGAAGAAAGUGUUUUCUUAGCAUGCGUUGUAAAGCAUCUGGGAGGAAUCAGAAGCUUAAGUUCUUGGCCCUUGUUUGACAAUAUUCAGCUUGCCAAUUGACUGAGGAUUUUUGUUUGAAUGCUGCUGCUCCAUUCUGGACUGGUGAAAUGUCAGCUUCUGCAACCUGUAAGUCAAGAAUGAGCAUCUGGUGGCCCUCCAGAUGUUUUGGCCUUGCCCCAGCUAGCAUAGUCACUGGGGAGCCCAGCACACCUGGAGGGCACAAGCUGCUCACCUAAUUCCAGUCUGUAAAAAUGACCUCAUACCGAUGGUGUAUGGACACGCAUACACACAGAAUGUAAGUCUUGGUGCCAUAUCGGGAAAUGCAGAUACUUUUCAAAUUGAAAAAGAAAAGGCAAAGCAUCUGCUAGGCUGAAGAAAAUGGAGACUGUUAUGUGACCGGCAUCGGGAAGGGAUUUUGAUGUGAGAUGCUUUUGUGUAUUUUUUUACAGAAUGAAUUUAUUACAUAGUAGAACAUAUUUAUAUUGGCGGACUUGGGAGGUCAUCUGGAUUAGCACUACUGCCUGGCAGUAGUAACUGGGUGGGAACUUCAGUCAUGGAUUUUAAACAGGAAUCGACGCAGUGAAUGUGGGUGACAAAGUAUUCAAUCUGCUGUUGUGACUUGCCCAGAGGGCUUCGGCUCUUGGGUUGUAUUGAAAUAGUACUGUUCAGGUUAUCAUAUAAUUGUGAUAAUAUGUUAAUUAUAAUAUAUAGUAAUGCUC